CAGCAAAUCCUGCUCCACACAGCUCCAGCCAAUGAAGAGCCUCGCCAGCCUGCCGGAGCACUGAGAGUUGCAGUAAUGGGAGGCUGACAUUCUGCUAGUGCUGCUGCUAAAGGCAAUGAUGGGGUCUGGCUGCACAAGCUGCUUGGCUUUCCCCGACAUGCACAACCCCGGAGACACGACUGCAUGUGUGAGCGAUGCAACUUGCCUUGCCGUGACCGAGCGCAGGAUCCUCAUGGAUUGAACGGGCUGUACAUGUAGUUGAAGAUGAAAUGCUUUUCUCGUUACCUGCCUUACAUCUUCAGACCUCCGAACACCAUCCUGUCUUCCAGCUGCCACACAGAAGAAUGUGGCCAUGGUGUGCUCCACUUGGGAGGUUGUCCCCACUGUCUGCAGACAUUGGCUUGCUCUACGGAUCAUGGAUACUUGUGUUUUUUCUUUACCUAAUCCGAACCAUCAACAGGCUGUCAAUGGAGGAGGACAUUGAUACCCGCAAAAUUAACAAUAGUUUCCUGCGCGAUCACAGCUAUGCAACAGAAGCUGACAUUAUCUCGACAGUUGAAUUCAACAACACAGGAGAACUGCUUGCCACAGGAGACAAGGGGGGCCGUGUCGUAAUAUUUCAACGUGAGCAGGAGAGCAAAAAUCAGCCUCACAGGAGAGGAGAGUAUAAUGUUUACAGCACUUUCCAGAGCCACGAGCCAGAAUUCGAUUACUUGAAAAGUUUAGAGAUUGAAGAGAAAAUAAACAAAAUAAGAUGGCUUCCUCAGCAGAAUGCUGCAUAUUUCCUGCUGUCCACUAAUGAUAAAACUGUAAAACUAUGGAAAGUCAGUGAGCGAGACAAGAGACCAGAGGGCUAUAACUUGAAAGAUGAAGAAGGAAGGCUGCGUGACCCAUGCACAAUAACUACACUAAGAGUACCUGUAUUGAGGCCCAUGGAUCUAAUGGUGGAGGCCACACCCCGCAGAGUGUUUUCCAAUGCACACACAUAUCACAUUAAUUCAAUAUCUGUGAACAGCGACUAUGAAACCUACAUGUCAGCAGAUGAUCUAAGGAUAAACCUGUGGAAUCUAGAGAUAACAAAUCGAAGUUUCAACAUUGUGGAUAUUAAACCAACCAACAUGGAAGAACUUACAGAAGUGAUAACAGCCGCAGAAUUUCAUCCGCAUAAUUGCAAUACAUUUGUAUAUAGCAGCAGUAAAGGAACAAUACGACUCUGUGACAUGAGAUCUUCAGCUCUAUGUGACAAGCAUUCGAAGUUAUUUGAAGAGCCAGAGGAUCCCAGCAACAGAUCGUUUUUUUCCGAAAUCAUUUCUUCCAUUUCAGAUGUAAAGUUCAACCACAGUGGCCGGUAUAUCAUGACCCGAGACUACCUUACAGUCAAAGUCUGGGACCUGAAUAUGGAGAACAGGCCAAUAGAGACAUACCAGGUCCAUGAUUACCUCCGCAGCAAGCUAUGUUCACUCUAUGAGAAUGACUGCAUCUUUGACAAAUUUGAAUGUGUAUGGAAUGGUUCAGACAGUGUCAUCAUGACUGGCUCGUACAACAAUUUCUUCAGAAUGUUUGACCGCAACACCAAACGCGAUGUCACAUUGGAAGCCUCUCGAGAGAACAGCAAACCAAGAGCAAUUCUCAAGCCACGCAAAGUCUGCGUAGGAGGCAAACGCAGAAAAGAUGAAAUUAGUGUGGAUAGCCUGGACUUUAGCAAAAAAAUUCUCCACACUGCUUGGCACCCUUCAGAAAACAUCAUAGCCGUGGCAGCCACAAAUAAUCUGUAUAUAUUUCAGGACAAGGUUAACUAGAACGCUAUUACAAAAAUACUAGGUACCGUGUGUUCCAAGGCUUUUUAAUAUAUUUUUUCUUCUCCCAUUUUCUAAUAUUUUGUUUUUGUGUGUUUUUUUUUUUUCCAUUCACCACGUUCUUCCUUUGCCGACACAUAGGUGAAAGUCACCCCAAGACCCCUUUACACCAUUUCAAACUGCUGACAAUUUUUCAUUUUCUUUUUCUCCUUCUUUGUGUUGGCAACCUUCCUGUGGCAUGGUUCUGAGACAUGCUCUGUAGGGGCGUGCUGUUGGCCUCUCAUGCAGCAUGAAGGGUUUAAGCAAAAAACUUUGGAGAACACAAAUGUUGGGUAUAUAUACUAUUUCUUUUUAAUUGGUAAUUACAUUUUUAAUAAAAGAUGAU